UCGCUUUGAUAUAAAUAAGUAUAGCCCAGCUAGAGAGCGCCGCAGCAACGGGCAGCAGCAACACCUCCUCCUCCUCUGCUGCCGUCACCGUGCCAAUAACUAGACUGAAACGAUAUAGAUGCUGUUGGAAGAUACCCUGGAGAUGGAUGAGAAAGUCGACGAAAACAAUAAGUGCCAGGAAGAAGAAGGUCGUCCAGGAGUUACUGGCCAAUAGCGAAUACGUCUGCAUGAUUGAGCGGAGUUACAGUUCCAGUAGCUAUGGCGAAACGUACGAUGUGGCCAGCUUUCCUGGCACUUAUUGUUCGAGCAUCGAUCGAAACGUUCGAUCCAGUAGCAUCAUUGGUAGUAUCAGUAGUCCUGUACAGCUAAAGACAAGGUUGUAAAUCCAUCCAUUUCUCUCUUUACCCUUUCGAAUUACUACGUGUGUCUUAUUUUGCGAAAACAAAUCACAAUAAUCUUUUUUUUUCCCUUCCUUUUUUUUUAAAUUUUGGACAAAAAAAGGGGAGUUGAAAUAUAUUCGAAAGAAACUCUGAUGGAAUUCAACGUAGAAACAUUUCUAAAUUCAUGUACAAAUGAGAUCACGUGUGACAGAUUCAAUCUAAUAAUAUUUCCCAUUCGAAUCGUGUCAGACUGUCAGUGUUCUCAUUUGUACUGGAGUGGUAGUAUCUUUGAUUAGCUGGAGUGGAUUAAGACAAGUAUAGGAACGAUCAAAAUGGAUUGCGAUAGGAGAGUGUAGCUGCAAAAUGGUGCUGUGCUGUUUUGGUUUUUGCUGAUAAUUUAGAUUUGAGCCAAUUGACUCGGAACAGUUGCCCACCAGCGGGAAGAAAAAGGCUUCAUGUGACGUCAACACGGAGGGUGAGCAAAGUAUUGAUCCUUCCCUUUGCUACCCCUCGCUGUCGUGAGCGCCUCCAGGCGGAUUGGCGAUGAAGGCACACGUAAAGUGACUUUAUCCAGUUGAGCUCCAAGUCGGGGAGAAGGUGAAAGCAUUCCAUCCAUCAUUCCAUCUUUUUUACUACAACAUCGACAGUAAUCGAGUGAGGAAUUAUGGACCGGUGAAUUUCCAUUUUUGAGUCUCUAGAUUUUAAUCGACAACGAGUUUUUACUUGACGAUUUAAGAACAGACAACAGUUAAAAAAUACAAGCCAUGGCUACUAAUCCGUUUGGCAAUUACUAUCCAUCGGAAGGAGACAAUACUCAGCAGUUUACGUAUCCGGAUUCCAGCGGCAAUAAUUACGCUUACGACUCAUCGAGUGCUGGACUGAUGGGCGACUCAGGUAACAACUUGCAGCAUCAGCCGAUGGGCGCUGGAAUGGCCGAAGUGGAUUUGUCCAGAUACCCGGAACCCAAAGAAAGCACCAAGAAGAUCCGAGGCCGUGCGGACAUAAUCGAAUACUUUUUCGGCGGGCCCGUUAACCGUGAGCUGAUCAUCGCCAAAGCGUUCUACUUUUGCUUCUUUUCGGCUUUCGGCUCCCUACUACCUCUCAUGGCCAUUUACUUUAAGAACAUGGGCAUGACUCCGACUCAGGCCGGCAUCCUCAUCGGCAUCCGGCCGUUUGUCGGCUACCUUAGCGCACCCUUUUGGGCCGACCUCGCCGACCGAUUCAAGAAGGGUAGGAUUAUGCUACUUGGAUCUUUGGCAGCUUGGAUCAUCUUCAACGUGCCUCUGGGCCUCAUUCGGCCUCCGGCCAUUUCUUGUUUGAUCCACAAUUCGUCCGAUUUCGUCAUCGUAUCGCCCACUGGUCUUGUCAACCGGAUCGACAAACGAAGCAUCUCACCGUCAGAUUAUUACGAUGUGGAGCAAGAGAAUUUCAUGGCGGGAUGGACACCUCGUCAACCUGAAUGGAUUGAAGAUCAUCAUCAGUCAGGUCAAGGUGGAUUAGACGAUCUUAACAUGAUUUCUUCCAAGUUGCCCUGGAAUCAAUUGCUGGCUAUGGAAGAGGAAGAGUCUGUCGACAUUCCAUUGGCGGAUGAGUACGGUGAUAACGGAGGAGAAGGCAGAGUGGCACGCAUCCGUCGCCAUGCUACACCAUCACCGAUGAAACCCGAUCACGUUGUUGGCAUGUCGCCCUACUCGGUGAAAUUUGCCGCCAACUAUCAGGAGAAAGAAAACAGUCAAUGGGUUUCGCCAACUUUCUCUUACACUAUUUUCAACCGCAACGAUAUCCGCAAAGUUUUCUUCCUCUUCUUGCUGCUAAUUGUUAUCGGCGAAUUCUUUUGCUGUCCUAGCAUGACUUUGGCUGAUACGGCUGUUCUCAAUUUGCUGGGCAAGGAGAAUGCUGAUCAAUAUGGCCGCCAACGAAUGUUUGCAUCCAUCGGCUGGGGAUUAACCAUGUUCUUUGUUUGUCUCACUCUCGACCACUCGACGCCGACACAAGGGCCCAAUCAUCCCUGUCAGGUACACGAGCGAGAAAGGGUGUAUACCGUUUGCUAUGUAUCAUUCACCAUGUUCAUGAUUGGAACCAUGAUUGUGGCUACUCGAUUGCCAUUCAAUUAUGACCCAGAACCUCAAGAAUCUUUAGCGAAUCCUGCUACAGUUUCAACACCUGAGGAGUCAACACGCUAUGUUCCUCCAGCCCCUGGUUCAUGGUAUCAUCCAAAAGGACCUCCUCCCCCACCUCCAGGAUCCCAACAUCAUCCCUCGACAAAGGAAGUAAUGAAUGAUGCCUUAAAAAAUCUCCUGGGAAAGAGCAAAGUAUUCGCCCAAACAACCAGCAAGAUACCCGAAUGGAUGCCCGUGCUUCGUCAUAUGGCUAACAUUAGAUGCGCAUCUUUCAUGUUUGUUGCCUGGUUUAUGGGUUUCGGCAUCGGCUUGAUCUUCACUUUUCUUUUUUGGCAUUUGCAAGAUUACGGUGGCACUUCAACCGUCUUUGGCAUGGCCUCGGUCGUCAACCAUAUCUCGGAAAUGUUGGCUUACUUUCUGAGCUACCCGCUUAUUCGCAAGAUCGGCCACAUCAAGGUCCUGUGUCUUGGCUUACUUUGCAGCGUAUUGCGCUUUCUUUACAUUUCGUAUAUCCGCGAACCUUGGGGGGUGAUUCCUUUUGAGUUGAUUCAAGGCGUAACUCACUCAGCCGUUUGGGCCGCUGCCUGUUCCUACAUCGCCCACAAUACGCCGCCUGAACUGCGCGUUUCUGCACAAGGCGUCCUUUCCUUCGUUCACAACGGAGCCGGACGCGCUUGUGGCACCAUUUUCGGCGGCCUCUUUUCCACUUAUUAUGGCACAACGGCAGUAUUGCGUGGCUACGGAUUCGCCUGCAUCUUUGUUCUGGUUGGCUUCGUCUUGGUCUGCUUUUACCAUCGAGGCAAAGGCCUGACGACCGAUUUGACCCCGGCAGAAGAUCCGCAUCAGGUGGCUGCAGAGAUGGCUCAUCUAGCGCCGCACGGUGUACCAGGCAACCCGACUAUCGUCCGCACGGCCUCGACUGCCAAUUUGGAAAAUUCGGCCAGCAAACCCACACUAAAUUACAACACUAGUCAUGGCAACCUGGACAUUCCCCACGUGGGCGGUAUGGCACCACCGACCAACCCAUUCUUGGCAUCGUCUAAUAACCAGCCUACAUCAAGUUCUUUUGGUUACGUCGCCGAGGAGUACAAUGGAAUCUCAAUGAAUCCGACGCAAAGUGGAUCGGUUAACUACUCAUCUAGUUCAGGGUAUAACACCAGUCAAUACAACAAUAGCCAAUAUUAGCCAGCAAUUAGCGCGUACUCCCGAAGGAAAAGAAAUCAAAGGGAAAGAUUCUGUAGGUGCAUUUUUUCUUUCUUUUUGUAAUUGUAUUCAUUUUUCUAAGAUAACUCAGCGUCGCUAGCAUCGUCUUCGGAUCCAGUAUAAAUAGCACUACACCAUUGCGUGGAAUUUAUUCACAAUGUAUCAGAUACAUUGACGGGGUUUUUCUAUUGGUGCCCACCUGUUAUCGUUUCAUUCUAUUCUUUACUUUUCCUCAUUAAAAAAAAAAACACGUGUAAGAAAUCCGUUGUGAGCAAUAGUUUCGUCUCCGUUUAAAUUAUAACCGUAUGCGUCGUUACGCUGGGGCUUUGACACUAAGUGUCUGUAGCCUUCAAGUUUGAAAACACAAAUAGGCAUGACUCAUUUUUUCUUGGCACCAGUUACAGAAAGACCGACCUACGUGUGUUUGACUGUUUUUGUUCGUGCCGUUUACGUAUUGGUGCACCCAUCGAUUUGUUAUUGACAAAAUAUUGGGAAAAUAGUCUGUUGAAAUUAUUUUAGAGAAGAUGCUGCACUGUGUUGUGUCAUUGUGGCUUUUCUUAUCUAAUGAAUUACCUCCCCCAUUCCACUACGUUGAAUGUUUUAUUAUAGGCACCAUACAAACGUCACGUU